UUACCCGCAAUGUCCCUAAUCCCCUAUUAGGAGUAGAAAAUACCUGCAAACCCCAAAAGCUUAUUCACAAAUCCAGUCCAUCCACCACCGUCGGCCAGCUUCUCCGGUCACCGUGCGUGCAUCGCGCAAACUUGGCCUGACAGAAUCCCGUGUUCUUCUCCGGCGGUGGCUGGAGAGAUGGGGUUCUCUCUGUACCCCAUGAAGACGUCGACGCGCAUGCUGUGGAGCACCAGCUUCUACCGCCACAAGUUCCCGGCCGCUGCCGCCUCCUCCUUCUAAUCAAGCUAGCUCCGGCCCGCCGGUCGAUCGCCUCCGUGUUUCAAAAGGAGGUGGAGGAGCGCGUGGUGCGCACACGUAUAUGUAAUUUACGUGCCGCAAGAUAGGGUCUUCUUCUUAAUUUGGUUCUUGAUAGAGUUUUCUAUGGACUCCGGCCGCCUCAUUUUCGGCUCGGCCGCGCCGUCCCGCGCUGCCGGCGCCGGAGGAGGUCAGAUGAUGCUCUUUGGCGGCAGCGGGAGCUUGCUUGGAGGCUCGCCGGUGGUGGCCGGCGUGGAGGACGGGCGGCGUAAGAGGCCGUUCUUGACAUCGCCGGAGGAGGAGCUCCAGCUGGACGACGAGAUGUACGGGUACUACGGCCUCGACGAGAACGCGCCUGAGAGGAAGCGCCGGCUGACGGCGGAGCAGGUGCGGGCGCUGGAGCGGAGCUUCGAGGAGGAGAAGCGGAAGCUGGAGCCGGAGCGGAAGAGCGAGCUGGCGCGGCGGCUGGGAAUCGCGCCGCGGCAGGUGGCCGUGUGGUUCCAGAACCGCCGCGCGCGAUGGAAGGCCAAGCAGCUCGAGCAGGACUUCGACGCCCUCAGGGCCGCCCACGCCGAGCUACUCGCCGGACGAGACGCGCUCCUCGCCGACAACCACCACCUCCGAUCGCAGGUGACAUCACUGACCGAGAAACUGCAAGCCAAGGAGUCGUGGCCGGUGUCCGAGCAAGAGAAGCCAACCGCAGCAGUCGUUCAUCCGAAAGAAGGCUACUCCGCCGGCGCCACCGGCGAUGGCACGGUAGGGGUGCUGGCCAGUUUCUCCGGGGGAGCCAAGGACAGCCCGGAGUCCCAUUCCUACUUGGCCGACGCGCGCUCGCCUCCGUCGUCCUCUGACGACGAUUGCGCCGGAGCGGCCAGCGGAGAGCUGAGCGGCUGCGCCUUCUUCCUCCCCGAGUACACUAUGCUCGACGCUGCUGCCGUGGAGCGCGAGAGCGUCCAACAAGGGGAGGAGGAAGAGGAGGAAGCGCAGCGUAAGUACUGGGCAUGGUUCUGGAGCUGAUCGAUCAUCGAUGAGAACAUCAGGAAAAAUGGCAUAUCUAUAUCCUAUCUUCUGUUGUGAACCUGCGCCAUUGUUUAAUCCAAUCCAGAAGUGUAACAUACGGAGUAUUUCCUAGGUGUGUUAAUUAUUUGCCCUACUAGCCGUGAGUAGUGAAUUAGUGAUACAUGAUAUAUAUACUCGGGGCAUAGUUCAGCAGAUGUUUAGGCUGAAACUGUAUGGCCUUGCUUUGCUUAACCAGGGAUAUCAGCAAUGUCAUCAACGUGGGCUGUGGUAUGUACGAUUGUUCGAUCUUCUCAUGAAAACGAUAACUAUUGAUUUUGGUA